AUGGCCGAGAGGCCACACCGAGAAAUGAUGGAGAAGUCUCACUUCCGCGAAACUUUCUUCUCGGUCAAGAAUGUACCCCCACCGAGGCCGGACUCGGUGCAUACCGAGUUUAUGGAGACAGACUGGGAGGAAGAUGACAUCCUCAGCGAGCUCGACGACGGCGACUCGUCUCCACGUCUGAGUCUCGACUCCUACGAAAAUGCGCUCUCGCUGUCGCCCAUCACACCAAAGGUGUUCAACCGCGACGUCAACUACCAGAUGCCCAUUACCCUGGAUCUGGAUCUUCCGACGCCGAGGGCGCCUCGCGACGGGCCAUUCCAAUUUACGAGCCGGGAGCUGGAAACCAAGAAUCUGGCGCAGUGGUCCCCCGAGAUGGUCGCCCAGUGGAUGCUCAAUGCUGGCGUUGAGCUGCAGUUCGCAGAGACGUUCGUCGAGAAUGACAUUAAUGGCGCGAUUUUGAUUACCUUGAAGUUUGAGGAUCUGAAGGAGCUGGGUAUUGCCUCGUUCGGCGUGAGGACCAAGAUUUGGGAGGAAAUCCACGUCAUGAAGGACAUCCGCGCUGCCCCGCCCGAGCCUGACACGCCCAUAGAGGACGAGCCGAGCAGGGAGGUGAGGAGGGAGGAGAAGAGGCGUGACAAACAGGACAACGGCGGUGAGUUGAAGCGUCGCCAGAGCAGUCGCAGGCGCAAGCAUCCUCACAAUGAGGACACUAUCCGACCCGGGGAGUCCGUUUCCAUCGUCGGCAUCGAGCAGGUCAUGCCCAAGCCGCACCAGUGCUCCAAGGGCGAGAACUGUCGCAAGUGGCGGAAACAGCAGAGAAUGAUCGAGGCGUUCAAGAACGAUCAUCCUUUCGUCAACAUGGACAGCGGCGGCGUCAUCAUGGUUGCCGGUGACCCAGGGAACCCUGAGACAGCCAGAAGGAUCGAGCCUGAUGAGGAGGUUGUCUUCCGCCCUGUUUCUGACGCCGUCCCUUCAGUCGUGGCUUCGUCAGAUGUUCUCGGUACAGAAGGGCUCCCUCCCCUUCAGUACCUGCAGCAGGCCACCCUGCGCAACGCCCAGGAGCAACAGAAGCGGGACAAUGUGCGCCAGUUCCUUGAGCUCCAGAAUACCACUUCCUCAAGCGAGGUUCCACCGACUCCACCGUUUGAGAUGCUUCCUCCCCGCAAGGCACCUCACGGGGGUCUUCGGUCCCUCUCGAAGUUGUCCAUCCCGGCCCAGCCCAGCAGCCGCAGCCGCCCGGUCGAGGACGUGCCAGAGUCGGCCUUCCCGGGCUCGGCGUGCCCUGGCUCAGCAUACCCUUCCUCUGCGCAUCCCUUCAACCAACCUUCACAGCCCUCGUUCGCUGCCCAACAGCGUCAGUUCUCCCUGCCAUCGCCAUCCCCUUCACCGGACUCGCGUUCAAACACGCCAAAUGGCGUCUAUCGUUUCGGUACGCCCUUCUCCGAGAUGGACGUCCCAGUCACUGCAGUGCCUAUGGGACCCAUCGCCCGAGACACCUCUCAGUCCGUGCCCCCAGAGAUGAACUAUCACUCGGUCACCAACCCCCCACCGCGCUCUCUAUCACGGUCCACCUUCCGCAGGCGAUCAUUCCUGACCAUGCCGCCUCUGGACGAGAACAAUGCGACCCAGGCCGCGAACCACCGCCGUGUGCCCUCCCCCAUCACCACAUCAGAGACUUCCCCCAGGUCUAAGCAGCAGCGGCCACUUCAGCCCCCACCCCGGGUGCAAUGGCCCUGGUCGCCGCCAGCCAGUGCUCGGCAGUUCGAGACGGCCAUCGCCCCGCUGCCAAAGGGCCCUGGGAGCAGCUCAUCGGGCAGCCGCAGCGGCAGCGGCCAGCACACGCCCAACAGCAGCAUCUCCUCAGGCACCAAGAUCGGCUCCCCGCUGGGCGGCCACGCCAAGGACCCCAACAACUACCAGUACCAGGGCUACAUGAAGAAGCGCAAGACCAAGAUGCUCCGCCACGAGUGGCACGAGCACUACGUCACGCUCAAGGGGACGCGGCUCGCGGUGCACAAGGACCACGAGGCCAUCGACAGGACGCUCGAGUACGUGGACGUGGACGACUACGCGAUCGCGUGCUCGUCGCUGGCGUCGACGUCCAAGCUCAACGCCGCCUUCAAGGCCAUGAGCAUCCGCAAGGACAAGGGCAUCAGCAAGGAGGACAUCGCCGCCUUCAGCUUCCAGCUCAUCCCGCAGGGCGACAUCAAGGCCGGCGGCCUGCCCAGGCUCCGCAAGAGGGAGAGCUCCAUGAGCGGCGCCGCCGUGGGGCGCCACCAGCGCAACGGCAGCUGGGACGGCGCGAUGGCCGUGGACACGGCGGGCGCCCCCCCACCCCCUCCCGACGCCGUCAACGGCACCGGCAAGACGCACCACUUCGCCGUCCGCAGCCGCGACGACAGGAUCGACUGGAUGAGGGAGCUGAUGCUGGCCAAGGCGCUGCGCCAGAAGGGGGAGGGUUUCGAGGUCAGCGUGAACGGGAACAUGAUCUAG